AGUGACUCGCCCUUGCCAGUCUCCUCUCGUGUCUGCUUUGUUAAGUUCCAUGAUCCAGACUCAGCAGUUGUGGCGCAGCAUCUGACAAACACUGUGUUCGUUGACAGAGCUUUGAUAGUCGUACCAUAUGCUGAAGUAUUUCAUGGUUCUAUCAAAGCAGCAGUAAAAAAAAUACUCUUGAAGCAUGAAAAUUAACUGGUGAGGGGCCUCAUUGCUAUUUUUAAAUUGUAGUUUUGUUUUUAGUUCUUUUUUAAUCAGAGGAUCAGAUGCAUGACUUUUUAAUGGAUGCAGAUCUUCUCCCAGGUGUCUCACAGUAAAUUCAAGAGGAUUUUAGUUUGCCAGAAAUGUUACAAGUGCACUAAUUUGAAUAAGAUAUUGAUACUUAAUAUAUCCUCUUGAGACAUAAUUUUGCAUGCAAAAUUAUCCCUUUAUCUUUGUAGGUUUGUUAAUAUUGAUGCAUUAAUGCCCUGUAUCCAAAUGAUCUUCUCCCCUUCCCUCCAUAACUCUCGGUAUCUAAAUUGAUGACAGCUCUGACACAAGCAAGAUAGCAGUGCUGUGUAGUAUACAUUUGUUUAUAUUAUCGGCACUUCUCAGUGUAGGUGGAAGGAACCAUUACCUUUAUUUAACAGUGGUUUUUCUUUUUUGUUGUUGUGUUUUACAGUUCUUUUCCCUGGUUCAGCCUGAACUAUAUACCAGGCCCUGCUGAAAAUACCACCCAACAGUUUUCUUCUGCAGCUUAUCCAGUUUCUCUUAAGUGCCCUGUACAUAUUUGAAGCAGCCGACACGAGUCGUUGUUCAUAAAACAGCUUUUGAAAGUUGAGAGCACACCCCUGGAGAACCGACUGUGCUUGCUUACGUUUGGUUCAUGACUUAAAAAUCGAGUACAGGAGUUAUUCCUGAUGAGACUAAGGCUUUGUCUCUGUUGGCACCAGCUAAUGCAGUGGCAGGUCUUCUGCCUGGUGGAGGACUCCUGCCCACCCCUAACCCACUUACCCAGAUUGGCGCUGUUCCCCUGGCUGCGUUGGGAGCUCCAGCUCUUGAUCCUGCCCUUGCUGCUCUUGGGCUUCCAGGAACAAACUUGAACUCUCAGUCCCUUGCUGCAGACCAGCUGCUGAAGCUAAUGAGUACUGUCGAUCCCAAAUUGAAUCAUGUGGCUGCUGGUCUUGUUUCACCAAGUUUGAAGUCAGACACCUCUAGUAAAGAAAUAGAGGAAGCCAUGAAGAGAGUGCGUGAGGCCCAGUCCCUGAUUUCUGCCGCUAUUGAGCCAGACAAGAAGGAAGAAAAGAGAAGACAUUCAAGGUCAAGGUCACGCUCGAGGAGGAGGAGGACCCCCUCAUCCUCCAGACACAGGCGGUCACGAAGCCGAUCAAGAAGGCGGUCACACUCCAAGUCCAGGAGUAGAAGGAGAUCCAAAAGUCCAAGACGGAGGCGAUCUCAUUCCCGAGAGAGGGGUAGAAGGUCAAGGAGCACAUCCAAAGCCAGAGACAAAAAGAAAGAAGAUAAAGAAAAAAAACGUUCCAAAACUCCACCAAAAAGCUACAGCACAGCCAGACGCUCUCGCAGUGCAAGCAGUUUGCACAUUUGUGAUUCUAGGGAGAGAAGACGGCGGCGAAGCAGGAGUGGUACAAGAUCUCCUAAAAAGCCCAGGUCUCCUAAAAGGAAGCUGUCCCGCUCGCCGUCCCCACGGAGACAUAAAAAAGAGAAGAAGAAAGAUAAGGACAAAGAAAGAAGCAGAGAUGAGAGGGAACGAUCAACAAGUAAAAAGAAGAGGAGCAAAGACAAGGAGAAGGAGCGGGAACGGAAGUCUGAGAGUGACAAAGAUGUCAAACAGGUGACUCGGGAUUAUGAUGAAGAGGAGCAAGGCUAUGACAGUGAGAAGGAAAAGAAAGAGGAGAGGAGACCAACGGAAGCAGUGUCCCCUACAACAAAGGAGUGCUCUGUGGAGAAGGGGGUGGGCGACCUUCGAGAGUCCAAAGUGAACGGGGAUGAUCACCACGAAGAAGACAUGGACAUGAGUGACUGAGCCCUGGCGCCGGCUGCAGAUGGGCCUCGGUGUCAUUCGCAGUGCUCCCUCAUGCUGUGUGUUCAUCUCACCUCGGUGUGUACAGCUGCACAUUACCAGUGGCUGCAGAGCACCCAAUUGUGACCUCUAGUUCUUUAUAGCAAAAGCUUUUAGAAAGUGGUACCUGGGUGACCAGCACUGCCAUGGUUACAUCCAUUUGCGUGACCAAGCAGCUGUGCAACUGCUGCUUCUAACACAGAUGAACAGCUGCAUGCAUCUCCAGCAGGCAUGGAUUGUCUCUGUCGUAUGACCCUCAGUGCGUUCACUUAGAGUAUUUCUAGAGUCUGAGUCCUUGCCGUGAUAGAGCCAUGUAGGGAAUGCACUGAUUGCAUGUUACCCCAAACGUCAUGAAACCCUCUGACACGGUGACCCACUUAAUGGUCUUGUUUGUUGACAUGACAAAUUAACAUUCUUAGAGUUAUAUCUGGAAAAAAGCAUUUGUGAUAGAUAAGCCUUUUGAGCCUUGUGGCUAAAUUUUUGUGGCUUUGUUUAAUUUUCAAAGGUUAUAUACUCACUAACCUUUUUUGAUGGCUAAGUAGGCUUUAAAUUACAGGAAAUUUUUUGAAAUAAAACUGGCUGUAAAAUAUGAUGUUUUGAAUUAAAGUUGUUCACUUUUUCAUAGCUACUUACGUUCUUUUCCAAUAAUUUAUUUCACAUCUCUACACAUGAACGCAACCUGCUUAUCCAGCCCACCACUAGAAAAUGACCUCAUCCUGAUUUGCAGUUUUCAACUUUUAUUAGUUUUUAAAGCUCACUGUUGAACAAGAGUAGGUGGUGGUGCAUUUUAAAUUGACCUUCAUGUGCUUUUAAAAUAUGACAAAUCUCCUUGAUAAUGUACUUUUAUUUGAUCUCAAGUUGUACAAAACCAAUAAAUUUGUGUUACUUUGAUUGCAGUAGUAUCUUAUGCACAGUGAUUCCAUGUUAUAUGCAGACUAGGUAGGCAAAUGUUUUCUUAGUUACAGGAGUUACAAGCUUCACUUUUGUGCAGUAAAAAAACAAAAGUAGGCUACCGUCUGUGCCAUGUUGAUGUACAGUUUCUGAAAUUGUUUUACAAGACUUUGAUAAUAAAACCCUUAAACCCACAAGUCAUGCUCCUGUAGAACUGCAUUGUGUUUCUUCACACGUUGAA